AUGAAGACACUUGCGUACGCCGGGGUCCUUCUGGCCCUGUUUGUAGCAGCAGGAGCUCGUGACUUGCAGCAAGCAUCCGCUCCCGCCCCCGCAACGUCCAAGCCCAUCGCCGAUCUCGUCUUCGUGCUUUCUGCCGAAAAGGCCAGCUUCCCUUCCUCUAGCACCCUGCAGCUCAAGGAGGUCAGCUCCACCGUCCAGUUCUAUGGAGCAGGUGCCAGGGCCGGACUGAUCUCCACCCCGGUGUUUUCCAACAGCUCGGCAGGCGCAGAGUACGUGGCCAGCAACGGCGAGUGGCUGAACGUGCCUGACGCCGUUCUGUUUGCCAACAGCGGCAGCAGCAACCAAGCCAUCCUUCUCUCCCUCCAAGACCCCAUGUACAAUGAAGAUGACGAGACCGUGACCUUCAGCAUCGCCGUGCUGCCUGCGGACGAGGCCGCACUCAAGACGGCGCGCGGCGUGACCAACGAGCUUGUGAUGGAGCACGCCAACAACGUGGGCACCCCCCUGACCGAGGCGGUGCAGCCGGGUGCGGUGUGGAAGGACGUGGCGCUCUUCAUCGACCAGAACCGCGAGUCCCUCAAGCCCAUCGCUGAGACCAAGACCUGGUGGUGGUGGGGCCCUGGCUGGGGCGGGGGCUGGGGCGGCCGCGGAUAUAACCGCGGCUGGGGCGGCUGGGGCUGGGGCAAGUGA